AGCCUGUAAAUAUUAUUGCAUAGUAAGCAUCGUAGAAAGUUGCACAUACGUUACACUGCAUAAUAACACAGAAUAUAGCUAAGUACAUAUAUAUGUGGGGUGGAGUAGAAGUAAUGCAUGUAAGCUGUUGUAUUGUAAGUGGAUGUAUUACAUGAUCUCAGAUAUAAAGUUAUUAUUUUUUCUCUUUAACGCCCCGUUCAAGACUCGAUCAAAUCAGAUUUCAGAUUCAGAUCAGAAUACGCCUGAACAGCUGGGCCCAGAGAUGACCUAAGACAGGCAUGACCAUAGUCUGACCCGGGGGCCAAUCAUGGCCGGCAAAAUUAUUUUAAACCGCCUGUGGCUUGUUGCUCAAAAUAUACUAAGUGUGGCCCACCGAUAGAUAGAUAGAUAGAUAGAUAGAUAGAUAAUUCUGUUACAGCAACUAGAUAAUUUAAGACAAGAUAAAAAGAAAUAUAUGCCAAUGAGUCCCCAUUAUAUACAAUAUUUAUCAUUAGUAGCUUAAAUUAAGAGUGUGACAACUUAAAACAAAGAGAUUGUUGGCCUUCAUCCUGAUAUGUGCACUUGAGAUUUUGUCCUAAAGCCCAGUGUGAUCUGUGUAAACUCUCAGGCUUUAGAGAGUGUGUGUGAUUUAUGACACGUCCAACAAUGUCGUGGCCCUGUAUGGUGUGUGUUCUUUGUCCGUGAUUCAGUCUUAUUGGUCAGUGUUUCAUAGACUACCCCUUCCUAACAUCAGUUCAAUAUACAAAACGCUGCUCUUGUGUAAGGGGGUUACAUAACAGCUUAGUUGCCUCCUACUGCGCUGGGUAGCGGAUUUAGGUGCUCCUUUUCAGCCAUGCCAGUUGUAAAAUCAAGGAUUUUGGUCCAAAAUAGUGUGUUACAGGCAUGCUUGUGGUGAUGUUAAUGAACAAUGUGGACUGGCCUAGAAGCUGUACUUUAUGUUUAUCUAAUAUAAAAAAAAACAGACAUUAUAAUAAAGCAAAAGCAUUGUAGGGGUUGAGUGAAAUAUAAAGUAGCUUUGUGGCUUCGUGCUGAGGCAAAAUAACCUUAUUCACCCUGAGAGGAAGAGGAGGAAAUGGGAGGGGAAAUAACAGUUAGUUGAAACAAAACCUCCUGAUAAAAACAUUCCCACAGCUGACUUCACUUUGAGAUAAUCUGAGAGAUUGCACGGCCAUUACUGUACCCAGCACACCACACUGUGCUGCAGAGCAUGCCGCACAGAUAUGUCUGAUGGGCUAUUUUUAAAACUCUGAUUAAACCACCACCACAGUAUUAGGCCACGACUACAGCCAGUUUAAUUACCACGCAGCCUUUAAAUGAUUUCCUAAGAUCCAGUUUGUCUAAUUGUUUGUUUAACAGCCAUUGUCUAAGAUAAAGAGCGCGGCAGAAGGUAAAUCCAGAGCGCUGCCGACAGAAAUAGCAGAGUCUUGAGGAAUCACAGGCGUGAACGCGCGCGGAGCACGGUCACGGUGCCCCUGUGAAAUCGGGCGUGUAGCCCCGCAGUAUGUGGAGGCGGGGCUCGGGUUUAGUGAUGGGGAGGGAGGGGGGCUCGUGGGGGAGGCGGAGUCUCGGCAGUCCUGGCAGGGCCGCCAUUUUUGCAAAGGGAAAAGAGACUGGUUUGAGGGGAUCUAAUUUCUAAAAGUCGCCGAUGACUAGGGCACAGUUUUAACGGUUUCGAGUUGAUUUCUAGUCAAAUUCGGGUCACCCCGUAGAACGAGAAGCAAGGGAUUUUUCACGGGAGAGGACUCUGUAGAGGACACCUUUGAAUACAAACAUUUUAAAGCUUUGCUAGGGAUCCGCAGUGUGUGGACAGAAGUAUUGUUUUGGUUGUGGAAGCUGUGUGGAAAGCGACGGGGGUCUUACCCAGGUCCCCUUAUUCGCUAUUCAGAUCAUCCAGAGUGGACAUAAAACGGCCUUGUGGAUGCACUUAGAUGUCUGCAAUGACUGCUGUGGCUGGCAUGCCUCAGUGUUUUGGACUCCCAUUCUCUGGACUCAGUAGGACAAGAACUGAUCAGCAGAGAACGUCAUGAGCAUAGUCAUCCCAGUAGGGGUGGACACAGCAGACACCUCAUACCUGGACAUGGCUGCGGGCUCAGAACCAGAAUCGGUGGAGGCCAGCCCUGUGGUGGUGGAAAAGUCCAGCUACCCACACCAGAUCUACAGCAGCAGCUCUCACCAUUCCCACAGUUACAUUGGCCUGCCUUACGCUGACCAUAACUAUGGGGCGCGGCCCCCACCCACACCACCGGCCUCCCCUCCCCCCUCCAUGUUGAUCCGACAAGGAGAGGGGGGGUUGUUUGUUCCAGGGGGCCAGGACGAAGCGUCCAGGGGCACCACGCUCAGCACCUCAGAGGAUGGCAGCUACGGGGCUGACAUCACCCGCUGCAUCUGUGGCUUCACCCACGAUGACGGCUACAUGAUCUGCUGUGACAAGUGCAGUGCCUGGCAGCACAUAGACUGCAUGGGCAUCGACAGGCAGAACAUUCCUGAGACCUACCUGUGUGAACGCUGUCAACCACGACACCUGGAUCGAGAGAGGGCCAUCCUACUGCAGACCAGGAAACGAGAAUGUUUGUCUGAUGGGGACACCAGUGCUACAGAGAGCGGAGAUGAGGUGCCACUAGAGCUGUACUCCACCUUCCAACACACGCCUACCACCAUCACCCUCACUACGGGGCGCCUUGGCAAUAAGCAGACUGAUAAAAAACGUAAAAAGAGUGGUGAUAAAGAGCCUCCAGCAUCUUCUGCCCGAGCUAAGAAGGCCUUCCGAGAAGGGUCCAGAAAAUCCUCCAGAGUAAAGGGUGCAGCUCCGGAGCAGGAGCCGACAGAGCACCCAUCUCUGUGGGAGAACAAGAUCAAGACGUGGAUGGAGCGUUACGAGGAGGCCAGCAGCAAUCAGUACAGUGAGGACGUCCAGGUCCUGUUGCGUGUUAAAGAGCAAGGCGACGGGAAGAGCCUGGCGUACAACACGCACCCCGCCUCUUUCAAACCGCCUGUGGAGAGUCAAGUUCAGAAGAACAAGAAGAUCCUCAAGGCGGUGCGAGACUUGGCCCCAGACUCCCUCAUCAUUGAGUACAGGGGAAAGUUCAUGCUUCGACAGCAGUUUGAGGCCAACGGAUACUUCUUCAAGAGGCCAUACCCAUUUGUGUUAUUUUAUUCUAAAUUUGACGGACUGGAGAUGUGUGUGGACGCUCGCAGCUUCGGCAACGAGGCACGCUUCAUCCGUCGCUCCUGUACCCCCAACUCUGAAGUGCGGCACGUCAUCGAGGAUGGCAUGCUGCAUUUAUACAUCUACUCACUGAGGCCUAUCAACAAAGGCACAGAAAUCACCAUUGGUUUUGAUUAUGACUAUGGCAGCUGUAAAUACAAGGUGGACUGUGCCUGUGUGAAGGGGAACCAGGAGUGCCCGGUGCUCAAGCACAAUCUAGAACCCACAGAGAACCUGGUCGCCGGAGGCCGGCGCCGAGGGAGUCGCAAAGACAAGGAGACGGUGCGGGACGACCAGGGCCAGAACCAGAACAUGGGUUUGGACGGCGAGGGCAAGAGCAAGACUGUAGGUGACGGCAAACAGAGGAAACUCUCUCCUCUGCGCCUCUCCAUCUCCAACAACCAGGAUCCUGAGUUAUAUGAGGAUCUAGAAGACAGAACCUCCGUUAGCAAUGAAGUAGAGAUGGAGUCAGAGGAGCAGAUUGCAGAGAGGAGGAGGAAGAUGACACGAGAAGAGAGGAAGAUGGAGGCCAUCCUGCAAGCCUUUGCCCGGAUGGAGAAGAGGGAGAAACGUAGAGAGCAGGCCCUGGAAAGAAUCGGGAGCGUCAAGACGGAGGUCGGUGGCCGCAGUGACAUCAAGGAGGAGCCUCCAGCCACGCCGGAGACGGCAGAUUCUCCUGCUGUCAUGCAGCCACUUCUGGAGGUGAAAGAGGAGCCAGGUUUAAAGCCAGCCAAGGUCAAAAGCUCAAGGAACAGGAAAAGUUUCUCAAGGAACCGCACGCACAUCGGCCAACAGCGCCGGCGAGCUCGCACCAUCAGCACCUGUUCCGACUUGGCCCCUGGCUCCCCGACUGAGUCGGUGGAGCCUCUGACCAGUGAGGCCCCCGAAGGAGAGACGCCCACCGCACCAGAGCCUGAGGCCAUCCCCGCCCAAGCACCGGACACCAGCCCUCCACACAGCAGCUCACCCGCACCUGACAGAAACCGCACCGGGAGCAAGAACUUCAAAACUAAAAAGCACUUUGUGAGUGAGUGGGUGGGAGAGAAACAGCAGGACCGCGGCGCAGUACGGACCCCAGAGCCGGCCCCCGAGAGGCCGCUCAGAAUAAGCAGCGACCCCGAAGUACUUGCCACACAGCUCAACGCCCUCCCAGGCAUGGCCUGCUCUCCGCAGGUCUACAGCACGCCCAAACACUACGUCCGCUUCUCGUCCCCGUUCCUGGUUAAUCGCAGCCCCACUACUCCAGGAGUCCCCACAGGAAGACGGCGCUCUAGAGAACUGCCUGAAACGCCGCCAACCACUGGCUCCUGCAAGAAGCGAUGGUUGAAGCAGGCUCUAGAGGAGGAGGGCUCCACCAGCCCAGCCAGACGACCGAGUCUUCUCAUGCCCAGUGAGGGUCCCCUCAGCCCCUCCAUCAACGGAGACUCUGACAGCCCUCUACCCUACAACGGCACCUGCUCACUACCAGAGUUGCCCACACCUUUGAAAAAGCGCCGGUUGAGUCCGUUAGACGCCUGCAUGUCCGAGAGCUCGACACCGUACGGCUCACCUUGUGCCACGCCCACCAGGGCCGACCAAUCGGAGACACCCGCAACCCCCGUCUUAUUGGCUACCCCACCGCGUCCCCGAACCGAGGAGCCAAGCACAGAGCCCCCACCCAGCACCCCAACGCAGACACUUAACGCCCUUCAGGAGAGUGAAUCUUCAGUAGAAAACUCCCCAGAGGUCAGCCGGAAACCCAGCGUGCAAGAGGCCGACCGUCCUCCUUCGUUGGUCUCCUCUCCCUGCGUUAGAGCUCCCAGUUCAGACGGACUCCCAACAGAAGCCAAGGUCUCAGUUCCUGAGAGUCCACAGCCUCCAGCUGCUGAGUCCGUGGACUGCGGAGAGGACCGAGGAGAUGGCGUCGUCGUAGAGGGCGGUAGCGAGGCUUCCUCAUCCGCAGAAACGUGUGCUUCCUCUUUUUCUGGCUGGAUCAAAAGCCCAGACAGAGGCCCGACUGGACCAGCUGGCCUGAACUUCUCUCCAGUCAACUCAAACUUAAGGGACCUCACCCCAUCACACACCCUGGAGCCUCUGGUGGCUCCCUUCAGGCCCGAGGCUGCAGCUGGGGCUGCGGCAGGGUCCGCAGCAGGGACGGGGUCGUUGGUCGGCUCUCAGGCCCCCUUCAGUGAAGGCCAGGGGCAGCUCUUUUACCCCUGCUCCGAGGAGGGAAGCUCACUCGGCUUCUCACGUUCACUAAAUGGGGACACUGCUGGCGAAGGAGGAGGGUCGGCUCAGAAUCCUCCACAGAAGAAAAAGGUUUCCCUGCUAGAAUACAGGAAACGUCAGCGAGAAGCUCGUCGCAGCGGCUCCAAGACCGAGUGCAGCUCUCCUGUUUCCACCGUGCCCCCUCUGAGCGUGGACGCCUUCCCCGUUGUUGCGCUGGAGACCGCCAGCGAACCUCCUCUUCCCCCCGCUCCCACUCCUCUCUGCAACACCAACAGCGUCGUCGUGAAAGAGCCGCAGACAAGUGAGGAGGCAGAGGCGCCUGGAGAGAAAGGAGAGAAGGAAGGAGGAGAGGGACAGUGGACGUCGUCCACUUCUGUCGAGCAGGCCCGAGAACGCAGCUACCACAGAGCUCUGCUGCUCAGCAAAGACAAAGACACAGAUGGUGAGACAGAUGGUGGCGAUACACCUGCACUGAGAGACUGUCCGUCUCCAAGUCUUCAAAAGACCCCAACCCACACACCGUGCUCUCCUGGUCCCCUCGCCCAGCCUCCCAGCCGACCAGCGAAGGAGGAAGACGCCGACAGUCAGCCUCGGACGCCAAAUCCAACCAGCCAGCCGCCGGGCAAGCCUGCAGGACCUAAGCCGGCUCCUCUGACCCCCACCAAGCUGCAUCCCACCCCGUUACCCUCCUCGCCCGUGCACUACCCCGGAUCCUCCCUCCUCCACUCGCCCAAGCCUCAGCCUCAGGGCUCUCCCUACCGCAGCCAGAGGGCGCUGUUCUCCGCACAGCCUCAGAACCAACCCCAGCCCCAGGCGCAGACUGGCCCCGCUCCUUUCACCCAGUAUAACACACAGAGUGCUCCACCACCACCUCCACCUCCUCCCCCAGCACCACCAGUGUCCUCAGCGUACUUCCCCAGUCAGAGCCCGUCACCGGCCGGACCUUUUCCUGGGUUCAAACCUGCCGUCACGCCCCCGUACCCUCCUGGUUCUCAGCCUCUGAUGCAGACUAUUCCCCACAGCGUGCACUAUCAGAGCUCUGCCGCUCCACCACCUCCUCCUCCUCCACCCCCACACCCGAUGCCCGGCCCCACCCUGCUGCACGUAAACCUGCAACCUCCUCCCAUCCAGCAGCACCAGCUCAUGCUGAACACCGCCCCUCCUCCGCCUCCACCCCCACAGGGCCAGACCUCCCAGCAGCAGCAGCAGCCGCCUCCUGCUGGCAGCACCCUGCUGUCGCUCACCCCUCCUCCGCCUCCUCCUCCGCCUCCCCCCGCCCCCUCGACCAACGCCCCGAUGCAGCCCCACCACUUUCAGAACUUAGGGGCUUUUCAGCCGGCAUUGCUGCACCCAGGCGCCACCGCCAACCCUUCAGUGCCCCCAUCGACGUACCCCCCGCCCCUUCAGCAGACUGGACUGCCUCCACCUCCCCCUCCUCCUCCCCAACAGACUCAACAAGGCCAGGCCCAGGCCGCCGCCUCCCAGAUGCCUUCUGGGACUCGUGGAGCUCCUGCGUCCUCGACCCCCUUCCACAGCUCGGGGUACCUGAGCACAGGGUGGCACUGACCGCUCUCUUCGCUGUCGGGCCCCUCCCUCCGGCAGCCCCCUGAGAACUCAGCCUGAGAGGGGUGUGUAUCAUAAGCUGUAGAUAUGUUUUCUAUGUACCUGAACACAUGGCCAGUGGAAAAACAGCUGAUUGUGGGAUGAAAGGAUGCUUUUUAAAAAAAAAUACAAAAAAAAAACAAGGACAGAAAAUUUUAGAAAAAAGGACAGUGAAACGAUCUUCUAGACAAACUGUAUAAAAAUGAAGAUGGACGAUCCCCCCGGUGCUCAUAACCCUCUCUCUCUCUGGCCUCCAUUUGUUUUUAUAUAUCCUUCCUGUGAUGGAGAGGAAAGCUCUCUGUUUUGUGUCUUGUUUGGACUCCCGUUGUAAGGCCCCGCACUUUGUUUAUCAAUGGACAUUCCAGCCUAUAACCCCCUCCCUCCUUCCCUCCCUCCCUCCUCUUCCUCCUUUGUCAGUUACUCCUUUUACUUCCUCUUCUCUCUCGUCUGUCGUCGGCUCUCUACACCAUUUAUUUGUUUUAAUCUAGUGGCUCAUUAUAGCAAAGAGAAAGCUUUUUGUAUAGAGAAAAAAAAACACAAUUAUUUUUUUUAUUCCUCUGUCUAACAACAAAUAUCUGUUCACCGCUGCAGAUUCAGAAAAGACCCAUUUCUGGGAGCCUGCCUCACCGCCCCUGGGAGGCCGCACUCGUGUGUAUGUGUGUGUGUGUGUGUGUGUGUGUGUGUGUGUCUGUGUGUGUCAGCCUGUGUGCGCGUGUGUGUGUGUGUGUGAAAGAGUGUGAUUGGUUGAUGAAAGAAAAGUGUGAGAUUUUGUGUAACGAGUGCUUGUAGUCUUCUGAGGUAGGUAGGCAGGGUGGUGUCGCCCACAAGUAGGACGUUAGCGGUUUAUUUUUGAAUAUCAAUGGUUAUUUGUAGAAAGUGUAAUUUAAUGUAUAGGUGGUUACUCCAGCUUUCACCAGGAACAGGUUGUAAAUAUUUGCUUCUUUUCUUUUCUAUGCUUGUACAAUUCGCUCCCAUCCCAUUUUGAAAUAUGGUUGUAAAUAUGAACGCUCUUCUUGGCAAAGCUGAAUGUUUCUGUGACUGUAGCAUUAUUUUUAUUUUAUUUUUUUUUUCCCUCUCUGGACUCUUCAACUUUGUCUUUUUUUUAUUAUUUGUGUGUGUGAGUGUAUGUUUGUGUGGAGGAGAGAGACUCACAGACACUGCACUGGUUGGCUAUUUUCAUGGUUCAUUAUAUUAAAUCACUGUAAUGACAGUUUUAUACAA